GCGGAAUAAUUUUUUUUUAACGGUUUGCAGAGCUCUAGGGCUCGAGUGCUCCAGGGACUAAGAUGGCAGGAGAGUUUAUCGAACCUACUUCAGAAAAAAAAGUUCAUAUUGGAAGUAGAGACAUAUCCGAAAUCCUGCAAGAAAGGUUUGAGCGGCUUUCAGCAGCAGAUCAGAGUUUUUUUCAAAGUGGAUCCGUGUUCCUUGCUUUAAAUGGAGGUCUCUGCGGCUUAGUAUCAAAUAGCUUGUUUAGGCGUGUCCUGAAUGUAACCCAAGCUCGUAUCGUAUCUGCUCUGCCCAUGGCUGUUUUACCGUUCAUUUCAACUGUGGUCGCUUAUGAGUGUUUCAUUAAUCGGCCUUUAAUGGAAGGUGAUUUAAACUGUGCAACUUGCGCCUGGAUCAGAGGUGGUUUAAUUGGAGGAGUAAUAGGUUGCGUCUACCCUGCUGUCCUAGCUCUACCUUUGAAUGCUGCUCUUGCAUCAAGGUAUUUAACAACUCCCAUGCCAGGCCAAGAAAACAUGCUGCGCUACUGGAUGAUGGUUUGCAAACCAGUUUACAAAAAGAUGAGGUUUGCUGCAAUCCUUCAAAUUGCAUUUGGAGGAUACCUGGCCUCAAAAAAUCAUGAAAUAUACAUUAAAAUGCUGCAGUUGCCCCAGCCUGAAGACCCUGAAGAAAUAAAAGAUAAAAUUUGAAUUUA